CAUAGAAUCCUUAAGAGUUAUUUGUCAUCUUUUGAAUGAACUUUUUUUUUGUUUGUUUUUUGUCAAAUGGAGCAAAUCUGAUAAUAGUAACUUGGCGGAAUUUGAUAUGGUCAAACCACAUCCUACCACACUCGAUGUACACUUUGUGCGUGUGACUCUUCUCUACAGUAACUACUAACUACUGACUGGUAGUGGUGGUAUCCUUUCGCUUUUGCUUUGGCUUUAUUUCAUUGGUCACUGCUGCUCUCUAAAGUACUAGGAAAGCCAACUUUGCUUACUGAACUUUAUUUUUUUCUAAUUCUAAUGAUCACCUGAUCCAAUUUUGGUAAUUUCGUUUGUUUCCCAUGAUAUAAUCAAUUUUUGGUGUUUUAAAAUUAAAAAUUCGGUCGCUUUAAUCAAGGCUUAGCUUAGCUUAGUGGUUAAUGAAUCUUGGAGUUGUAGGAACAUUUUACGUGUGAAUUGAAGUUUAAUUUUAUAAAACAAAUUGGUGUGAGUGUGAGUGUGAAGAUUAAGGUUUUGAGAGUAAAGAAUUUGGCUAACUUGUGAGCGACUCCAUUCCAAAAUGGUCGACAAAACCUGAUUUUAUAGUCUCAUUCUAAUCACCUUAAGACAAGUUUAAAUGUUGUUAACUAUAACUACUCUCUCUUUUUGAACAAAGAAUAAUAAGACACAAAGGCAGUGACUAUAUGAAGCUUAGAAUCAUAUACAACGUAAUACAUUCCCCACCAUACCAACUUUAACAAAAACACAUAAUUAAAUCAUGCAUGCAAUGCAAUACAUCUCCCGCAGGAAGAUUUCUAAGCUUUGCCUAGCCAUCGCCAUGAAGAAAACAAAUUAUUCCCUCUGUCUCUCUCUCUUUCUCUCUGUACUACUAAAUAUAAGUAUUAUAUAAUAUAUACAAAAUAUAUAUAUGUGUGUAUACAUGUCAUAAUUGUAGAAGGGCAUUAGAAACGACUGAUAUUUAACUUAUAAAAAAAACUGCAUUGACAUGGUGUUAUCGCAGCUUUGUCUUCCCAGCUCCCCCUCUCGUGGAGUUCCUCUAACAUUUAAACGAAAUCGUGGUCACAGAAGAAGUCCACUAAAGCUUCCAUCAAGCGUGUUCGUAUCCAAUUCAUAUCCCAUUUGGCCACCUCCUUCAGCUUCUUCUGAUCAGACUCAGAGCGUAGCAGCCAUCAUAUUUGGGGAUGGAUCAGAAUCACAAUCACGGCUGUAUCCAUUGACCAAGAGAAGAUCAGAGGGAGCUCUACCAAUGGCGGCAAAUUAUAGACUUAUCGAUGCAGUAGUGAGCAACUGUAUUAACAGCAACAUAAACAAGAUAUUCGCUCUCACCCAAUUCAACUCUACCUCUCUCAACUCCCACCUUUCCAAGGCUUAUUCUGGAGUAGGCCUCGGCGGCGACGGGAUUGUCCAAGUGAUUGCAGCACAUCAGAGCCCUCACCACCAUCAUGACAAUGGAUCGUGGUUCCAGGGAACUGCCGAUGCGGUAAGAAAAUGCCUUUGGAUACUAGAAGAGUAUCAUCCAGUGACAGAGUUUGUGGUGCUUCCAGGCCACCAUCUGUACCGAAUGGACUACCAGCAGCUGGUGCAGACCCACCGCAACAGUAAGGCUGACAUUACCAUUGCAGCAUCAACAACUAGUAUUCAUGACCCUGGAUUUGGCAUUCUCCAAUUGGACUCUCAACACCAAGUUUCAGCUAUUCGAUUCAAGUCGGCUGAUGUUAGCCGUAUUCAUUUUGCUUCAUCAGUGAAUAGAAAAUUGAGUGAUUUUAGUUGUGGUGAAUUGCCAAGCAUGGGAAUCUAUGUGAUAAGCAAGGAGGCAAUGAAAAGGCUUCUCGAAGAGCAGUUUCCAGAGGCAAAGGACUUGGCAAGGGAAGUGAUUGCAGGAGCAGUAGCAGAAAAUGGGAUGAAGGUUCAAGGGUAUGCGUUUGGUGGAAGGUGGGAGGAGAUGAGGAGCAUUGGGGAAUUCUACAAGGCAAACAUGGAGAGCAUACAGGAAGAGAAGAUGGGAUACGACUUCUGUGACAGAGGAGUUCCAGUGUAUACAAUGCCUCAUUGCCUGCCGCCAACUCUCAUAAGUGAAGCUGUUAUAACAAACAGUCUUGUUGGGGACGGGUGCAUCAUGGGUAGAUGCAGUAUCAGAGGUUCGGUGAUUGGGAUGAGGACUAGAAUUGGAGAUGGUGUUGUGAUUGAGGAUUCUGUCAUCAUUGGUUCUGAUGUGUAUCAGGACCAAGAAGAAGACGAAGAAGAAGAAAAAGAAGCAAUGAUUCCAAUAGGAAUAGGACAACAAUGUCAAAUAAGGAAAGCAAUUGUAGAUAAGAAUGCAAGGAUAGGCAACAAUGUUAUGGCAAGAUUUUCAAAUAACUCAAGUCGUUCGUUUUUCUUGUUUAUAAAUGUAUUUGUUUUUUGAUUUUAUAUAAAUACGCAGAUCAUAAAUAAAGACAAGGUGGAAGAAGGAGAGGGGGAAGAAGGGAAGGGAUAUGUGAUCCGAGAGGGGAUAGUGGUGGUUCCUCGAAAUGCAGUCAUCCCACAUGGCACCAUUCUCUGACUCAUAACAUUCAUUCCUUCAUUCUCUAUUAUUCAUUUCCAAUUCUGCCUAUCUAAACUAUAUUUAUUUAUUUGGAGGAAAAUGUUGAGAAAAUAUUCAACCAUUAUACCACUAAUUAAACAAAACAAACAAGGUAAAUUCUUUAGUCCCUCAGGACUUGGUCCUUCGUGUGUGUCCAUUCAUUUUGUAAGUGUCAAAUUAUAAACAUUUUUGAUAAUUUUUAUUUUUUAGCUCUUGACUUGGUUUUAUAUCAUCUCUUAAAAAACUAGAGUUGAUGUGACAGUGAAAAGUAAAGGCAUUAUGGUAAUGUCUAAAAAAAU